AAGAGAAAAGCGGCGGAUAGGGUCGGUGGACAGCCGGCGGCAUGUGCUGCGCAUUUUUCAUUAUUUUUUCUUUUCAUAUAUAAGUUUUAUUUUUCUUCAAAACGUUGAGAAAAAACGCUACUCAUACACAUUUCGGCGCAUUACUCAGCUGCAAGCGGUCGUCAAAUGUAAGAGUUUUUCUGCACGUAUUUUUAGCCUCGCUCGGAUCGCGCGAUUCUAUAUGCAAAGCAUAUUCGUAAUUUAAAAGCUCAAUCAUAGUCGCAGAGGUCGGGCCAAUUGCAUUGGCUAUAGCUAAGCUAUUUGUUUGUCAUCAACCCCCAGGGGUUGCGAGUGGGAUCUGAAUCAGCGUGGCUUACGUUGAUUUAACAGUUUAAAGCAAUGAAUGGUUGGUCUGGGUAUAGGCAAUCGCUGAUUCCAACUCAGAAUUUGCGUUGAAUUUGCUUUGUUUAUAAAUCGAACACUUUACCUUGCGCUCUAGCCUUGCCAAUGAACAGACACGCAACAAAAGCGGGCCAAUUCGUUUCUUUGGUCACCAGGGGCUCUGUCAACUGGCAGCCGGCCAAGGCGCACGCACCGUGGCGCCUCCGCCGCCCCUAGGAAAGGGCAUCAGGUGACGUAGGCGGCGAAGGAGGGGUCAGAAGAUGAAGCACUCUCAAUAUAGUGCGUCAGAAGCGACGAUAUCGUGGAAAUAGCUCAGCCCCGCCCCUUCCUCCUGUUCGCCAACCUGCGGCCUUGACAGCGCGCCCGUUUUGAUUUAUGCGGCAUUUUGCAAAAGUCAACAAAUGAAAAUGACACAGAUAUAAUGCCAAGAAAGCACCAUUUCGAUUUCGUUUGCACCAAGGUCGGACGUAAAUAAGAUGUCACACUGCCACCAGCUGGACCUCCGAUAUGUCUUCUCAACCAGGAAUUUAAUCGUACACAAAAAUCAUCUAAUACAAAAUGAAGGAUAUUUUCAAAAGCAACCGUAAAAAACUAUUUUGUUUUUUUGUUAUUAUUGGAAAAGAUGCCUGAACCAGAAAUUCGAAAAGUUACUUGUAUAUCCCGAAACUGAAAAACUUUAAGCAACUGAACCAAGUCGCCAUGGGCGCUAUGGGGAGCCGUCAGCUAAAUCCCGUCCAAUGGGGAGACUACCAGCAAAGCUCGGGCCUGUCUGCAGAGCAGUUGGAGCAGCUGCACACGCGAUUUCGCAGCUUGGAUCGCCACCAGCUUGGCUAUUUGACGCCUACCGACCUACUGCGCAUACCACAGCUCUCGCUUAAUCCGCUUCACCGUCAGAUUGUGGAUGGCUUCUUUCCCAGUCGGGAUCCUAAAGCUCGACUCGAUUUUACCCAGUUCGUGGACACCUGCGCCACCUUUCUGGUACCACAGUUUGGACGCGGAUCGACUGGACGCCUCGACGGUCGCGCCCAGAAACUACGCCUUCUAUCUAAGAUGUUCGAUACCCGACGCAGUGGUUACAUCACUCGCGUUGACUUCCGCCAGAUCAUGCGUAGCCUCCUGGAUCCGAUGUGGAAUAAGCAGCAGGAACAUGACAGCGAAAAGGAACAUGCCGAGGUCCAGAAGCCCGAGGUGGAGGCUGAAUUGCUACUUCUGGAACAACAAGCAUUCGGAAUAUCCCGCUGCGAAAAGAUCUCAUAUGGAGAGUUUGAAAAGCGCCUGUGCAGUGCCGACAUUGAAGGACGCAUGUCGAUAGCCAAGUGGCUGGUGAACGAUGAAGAGGCCAGGAUGAACCUGCCAUGAUUUAUUAUCGCUGUGUGUUUCAGUUCUGCAUAUGAAAAAAAUAAACAAGUCCAGACAGAACUUCCGGCGCCGGCCAACAUAAAUUACCAAUCGCAAAUUAUCAUUAGUAAGGAAAUUGAUGUAAAUGUAUAUUUCUAAAAAAAAUAUUAAUUUGUUACUUUCAAACACCAAAGGCUCAGAUAUCACUAAUUGUUUUGGUAGUAGCAGCUCUCAUGACGAAAUUAAAAAUAUA